AAGCUUAGUUUCCACAUUUCCAAAGCAUUCAAGAAUCCUCUGUUUUACACUCUUUACGUCAAUGGCGAUUUCUCUCAAUUCUGGUCUUACUGUGGCAGUUAGCAGAAGUAUUCGUCAAACCCCACUUCACAAUGUUAAUUUGACAACAAACCCGUUUAGUUUCAACUGCAAUUUCAGCUUAACCCCCAAUUUUCUAGCCAUUUCUGCCUCCCACAGGUCCUCCUCUGUUAUCUACAGCUCCAGAGAAACUGAGACUCCAGUGGUGAGUGAGGACACCAUCAAUGUGUUGGACGAUGUUCAAGUAUUUGAUCUGAAUGGACAAGGAGUACCUAUUUCGGAUUUGUGGAAAGAUAGGAAGGCAGUUGUUGCCUUUGCUCGUCAUUUUGGAUGCGUCCUUUGUCGCAUAAGAGCUGAUUAUCUUGCAGCUGAGAAGGAUAAGAUGGAUGCAGCAGGAGUCGCACUUGUUUUGAUUGGACCUGGUAGUGUUGAUCAGGCCAGAAAAUUCUACGAGCAAACAAAGUUUAAAGGAGAGGUUUAUGCUGAUCCAAGCUAUAGGUCUUAUGAGGCUCUGAGAUUUGUGUCUGGCAUUACAACCACAUUUACUCCCGGGGCGGGUCUGAAAAUAAUACAGGCAUACAUGGAAGGCUAUAGACAAGAUUGGGAGCUUUCUUUCGAAAAGGACACCAGGACACGAGGUGGCUGGCGACAAGGAGGAAUUAUUGUUGCAGGUCCUGGUAAAAAUAACAUUACAUACAUUCACAAGGACAAAGAAGCAGGUGAUGAUCCAGAUAUAAAAGAAAUCUUGAAUGCUUGCUGUGUACAAGGCUAAAUUUAAUCAAUACAGUCUAUAUAUUAUGUGUAUAUACAGACAAUUUGAAGAGAUACGUAUCUCGAUAGACACAAACUAGUACAUGAACAAUCCACACUUUUGGUUCAAAUAAGCAAUACUAGAGUUAUUAUUCCACGAA